AUGCUCACAUUCCGAAAGGCGCUUAUCAUAGCAGCCGUCUUCAUCUCCCUCAUCCUCUUCUUCCGAUCCUCCUCCAGCCCCUCCGCGACAUCUCCGUCCCCGCUAGCCUCGCCGCAAGAAAAGACCGCAUACGAAAUCAGUGAAUCAACGAAAGAGAAGCCAUCUGUAGACAAUGCAGAGCCCCAACAGCAACAGACUAUAAAACCGCCGCUUCCGCCGCCUACCGCACCCUUGCGCGAGCGCCUGCGAUAUCAUUUCUCAUACCAUCUGGAGGACAAAUUCCCGGCAUACAUCUGGCAGACAUGGAAGUAUACGCCGGCGUCUCUAUGGUUCCGCCAGGAGCUGCGGCGACCAGAGGCAAGCUGGACGGAAAUGAAUCCUACAUUCAUCCACCAGGUCAUUCCAGAUGAUACCCUGCACCACCUGAUCAAAUACCUCUACGGCUCGAUCCCCGAGGUCUUCGAGGCCUUCGACUCCAUGCCCAUCCCCGUGCUCAAGGCCGACUUUUUCAGAUACCUGAUCCUCCUCGCGCGCGGUGGGAUCUACAGCGACAUCGACACCACGGCCUUAAAACCAGUCGUGGACUGGCUACCCAGUAACCUCGACCUGUCAACCGUCGGCUUCGUCGUCGGCAUCGAGGCCGACCCAGAUCGACCAGACUGGCAAGAUUGGUACUCGCGCCGGAUCCAAUUUUGCCAGUGGACCAUCCAGUCGAAACCGGGCCACCCGAUCCUAAUCGAUAUCGUAAGCUACAUCACCGAGGAAGCCCUGCGGAUGAAGAAAGCGGGCAUCCUAAAGAAGGGGAAGAUGGACAAGACGAUUGUUGAAUUCACGGGGCCCGCAGCCUGGACGGAUGCCGUGUUCCGGUACUUCAAUGACCCGGAGUACUUUGCCAUCGAACCGGGGUCCACGAAGAAUAUUACCUACGAAGACUUUACCAACCAAGUCGAGUAUCAGAAAGUUGGCGAUGUCGUGGUUUUACCAAUCACCAGCUUCAGUCCUGGUGUUCAGCAGAUGGGGGCUCAGGAUGUGGAUGAUCCCAUGGCGUUCGUUAAGCAUGAUUUCGAAGGAACUUGGAAAACGGACCCCUCGCUGUGA